AUAUGAAGAAUGAUACCAAUGGAAUGGGUUAGUCUCUCACCUCUUUCAACCAACUCCUCCCCUACCAAAGUCCCUUCACUCCUCGUAACUUUUUCUCUCUUGCUGCUUGUACCAGUUUUCUCACUUUAAGAUCACACAGACAAGUAAGGAAAAAACCACAGCAGAAACAAUGUUGGAAGGUCUUGUCUCUCCUGAAAGCUUGUACUUGAGCUCCAUGGACAUGUCUGCACUCAAAUGGCUGCAGCAUCAACAGCAAGUGGUGUCUCAGAACAGAGACAAAGGAACUUCGCCUGAACUUCUUCAGUUCCAUGGCUCAAAUGGAAGAGAGCUCAGAAGGGUUGAGAGUUACUUGGGAAACGAUGACGAGUUGCAGACUUUCAGCCAUUUCCAGAUGGUUGAUUCGGUUUUUGGAUCGAAUCACAACACGGGUCUCGUUCCUCUACACGAUGCCAUUGAUGGCUGCAUUUCAAGGACUAACAGCUGCCGGAUGGAACCCGUAGAUACAACGGGGGUAAUGUUGAAGAGGAACGGAGAAAACAGAGGAACGGCCAUGAACAAGAGAAAAUCCGAGAUUAAGACAGGGGAAGAAAACACAGACAAGAAGAUCAAAAUGGAGGGGGAAGCAGAAUCAAGCAUGAAAGGAAGAUCCAACAUUAGCAACACAGAAGCAUCGUCGGACACUUCAGACAUCCAAAAGCUCGACUACAUCCACGUUAGAGCUCGACGUGGUCAAGCCACUGACAGACACAGCUUAGCGGAAAGGGCGAGAAGGGAUAAGAUAAGCAAGAAAAUGAAAUGCCUGCAGGAUCUCGUACCGGGUUGCAACAACGUCACUGGCAAAGCCGGUAUGCUUGAUGAGAUCAUCAACUAUGUCCAAUCUCUCCAGCGACAAGUCGAGUUCUUGUCGAUGAAACUCUCUGUUCUGAACCCUGCAAUAGAUUUUGACAUCGAUGCCUUAUCUGCAAAACAGUUUCAGGCUUGCUUCUCAAAUCUUGGAACAAUCUCGAAGCCAUUAGCAAUGGCGGGUCAAGCUUCGUUUCCGUUACAGCAUCAAGGAUCUCUAGAUUUCCCCUUCACAGUUCCGAACCAAGAAUCAUCUCUCAACGCUAAAUCUCAGCCCUCUUCAAGUUGGGAAACUCCAUCAGGAAGCCUCUACAACGCAUCUAGCAUCGAUUUCCAUUACUGAUGAACCAUUAUAUAUAUGUAUAUAUUCCGGUAUAUUAGAUCAGUCAAUACCAAUACAUUCUCAUCUCAUCAAAGUAACAAGUUCGCAAAUCCGUUCUUGGAAAAUCCAGACAAAUAUGUCUAGGCCGAAGGAUUAGAGCCAAUCCAGUGCUCUCGCGCCAACAUCAAUCUUUAUAUAUGUAUAUAUACAUAUAUACAGAAAGGGGUAUAUUAUAGGACUUUAUCCAGAAGAGAAGAGAGAUUCUGUGGUGCUAACAAUUCCUUGUUGCAUAUACAAUAUCUUCACGAAUCAUGCGUUUCUCUCUUUUAUCAACUUGUAAAAUGCCAUCUUUGUAAUACCCCCAUACUGUUUGAUGGUUGCAUCCAUCACUAAGCCAUUGAGAACCAA